ACAAAAGGAAGUCGUUACCGACAACUGAAUCGGCCCUGAAUUCAGACGAAAACAAACAGAUCAAUCAUAUAGAAAAUGUCUGAGGUGAAGAUGAUCGGGGUGGUGGGCGGUGGCCAAAUGGGAUCGGGAAUAGCGCAAGUUGCUGCCAUGCACGGCGUGGACGUUGUCCUUCACGACCUCGAUCACCGAGCCCUUUCCAUAGCCUCGUCUUCCAUCUCCUCCUCAAUCGACCGUUUUGUUUCCAAAGGAGCCCUUUCUAAGGCGGCGGGAGUUGAGGUGUUUAAACGACUGCGUUUUACCACGAAUUUAGAGGACUUUCACGCGGCGGAUUUUAUAAUCGAAGCGAUUGUGGAAUCCGAAGACGUGAAGAAGAGUUUAUUCGUUAAAUUGGACAAGAUUGCGAAGAGUUCUGCGAUUUUGGCUUCAAACACGAGUUCUAUCUCCAUCACGCGUAUAGCGUCCUCUACUACCAGGCCGCGUCAGGUGAUCGGAAUGCAUUUUAUGAACCCUCCGCCUCUGAAGAAAUUGAUAGAGAUUAUACGGGGAGCAGACACUUCAGACGAGACAUUUGCUACUACGAAAGCAUUGUCAGAGAGGUUGGGCAAGGUAGUAAUUACCUCCCAGGAUUAUUCAGGUUUCAUAGUGAAUCGAAUCCUUAUGCCUAUGAUAAAUGAAGCCUUUUUUACUCUCUACAAUGGGGUUGGAACCAAAGAGGAUAUUGACAGAGGAAUGAAGCUAGGUACUAGCCAUCCAAUGGGUCCUUUAGAGCUUGCAGACUUCAUUGGAUUGGAUGUGUGCUUGUCAAUAAUGAGAGUUCUUCAUGCUGGUCUUGGAGACAAUAAAUAUGCACCAUGCCCUCUCCUUGUGCAGUACGUUGAUGCUGGAAGACUUGGAAGAAAGCGAGGUCUUCAAAACCUCACUUUUUCCAUAUGUCUGACUGUUGGGAUGGUGCAGACUGUUCAAAUACGCUCUGUAUUAUGCAGACAAAACAAAAGAAAGUUUAGAAGAGGUUAACAUUUGAUCCGAGAGGGGUUCCUAUGGAUUAUGAAAGUAAUGUCACUAAUUUUUUGCAGGUUUUUAAGAUUCGAGGUUGAAUGCUUUACAACCUGAGGGAUGAUAUGAUCAUAGAUGGGGUAAGAAUGAAGUGUUUUAAGAGUAACAAGAAGCAUAAAAAGAAAUAGUAUAGGUUUUCUUAGGCUUAUAUUGUGCCUAUUCUAGUUUCUAUUUUUUUCUUUUGUUUGGUUGUAAAAAAACUUAUAUAUUAUUCUUUUCUUUAAUGUGUAAGAAGUGUAGGACUUCAC